AUGCUGGCGGCCGGGCCGCAGGAAAGCAGAGCUCGGCGCGACCCAGCCCGGCGGAAACGAGCGCCAGACGGCUGCGCUCGCAGACUAAAGUCACGGAGGGAGGAGAAAGCCCCUCGGGGUGGGAGGAGCCGCGGGGGCUUUCCGGGCGCGGCGGGCGGGCGCGGGCGGCGACCAGCUGCGAGGCGGGCUGGAAGAUGCAAGGGGGCGGGCGCGCGCGCGAGUCCCCAGCCCGGAGGCUGCUCCCCGCGAAAGUUUAAGAGCAAAGCAGGGGUUUCUCGGCACCGCGGGGACAGUGCACCUGGCUGCUUCGCCCCGGAGCCGAGAAAUGGGCGCGCGUUAGAACCAGAAGCAAUAACUAAGCAACCCGAACGCCCCGUGGCGGGAGCUUCUCCCUCCCGCGGCCCGGGGAAUGAGGGCGAAGGUGGGGGUCGGGGCGCGGCAGGUGAGCCUGCUCCCGCGUGGGAAAUACCUAAACCCCGAGGCUUGGCGCCGCCCAGGGCGUCAGGCCUCCCAGCGGGGGUUGCGGGGAGUUUCUCGGCGUCCGAGGCACUUAGCCCAUUUUUCCACCCUCCCAGGGGUCUGGACUCCGGGGCCAACUCGGCUCUGAGUUUAGGACGAGGAAUCCGCCGGGCGCACGAGGCACGGAGGGCAAGUGGAAGUGUGGAAGGUGGAGUCCACGGAAGGGGCCUGGGGCAGGGGCUGCGCUGCGGACCGUGCGCUCCGAACUGGGAGCUGCAGGCUGCCGUGGGGAAGCCCCAGCCCGAAGGGAGGAGCUGCAGAGUCCUCAGGUCCCGCAGAACCAACGGCGACUUGCAGCGUGCCCACCAGGGGCCAACCCGUGGGCAGCCAUCGAGGACCAAAGGUGAACACAACCGGGCGGGUGCAGCCACUGGGGACACGCUUGAGGACCCCAGACAGUGGAGGGCAAGCUGAAGGUCAAAGUGGAAGCGUGGUCAACAGUACCCGAGUUGGGGUGAGGGGAUGGGGCAGGUUUGAACUGCGAGGCCCCUGCAGUCCCUGGAGUUAGGCUGCGCCGGGCUGGACCAGCGGUGGCGAUAAUCCCGACCACCAGUGUCCUCGGGGCCGGGUCAGAACCUGGCACCCGCGUGCCGGAGGGUGGGAGGCUGCCAGGACGGUCCAUGCGAAGACAAUCCAUGCCUGAGAAUGCGCUGAGCUAGCAGUGAACUUGGGCGCAUUGUCCUUCUUCUGUUCUUGGGGCUUUCUUUCUGAAGCCAAAAACACCCCAAAUCACCGUUUGCUUUUUGCCUUUUUCUGUAACUGGCCACAUUUACAUAAAUUCCACGGGGAAUUUCCCCUUCAAGGUUGAUGGUUGUUUUAGCGUUUCCAAGUAGCAAGUUAAACGAAGUUGGGAUUUACAAGUUCAAGUGCCCCCCUCAGGGCCAGGUCGGGUUUACUAGCCCUCCUCUCCUCCCAGCCAGGUACGGAUGGCACUGUAGGGUAUUAAAGUAACCCUGGGUGGAUGGGCCAGGGUCCUCCCGCUGCUGCCCUGGAGGGAAGCACCGCUCCGGACUUUUCUAGAGCUGAGGAGCCCUUGGCCCUCAUCCCCCAGUCACUGCUCAGCGGAAUGCAGGCGCUAUCUUCAGAGUCCACCACUUCCUCCUUUCCUUUCUUAGAAAUUGGGUCCAAAUAGCACUUGACUGGUUUUCCCCUUAAAGAUUAACUUCUGUAAUAGUUUUCUCAGAAUAAAUACUAUCCAUUGUGAGUGAUCAGACUCUAAACCCAAGCUGAUCAUUUUCUUCUUUUAGAAAUGCACCCUUUAUACCACCAAGAUGAUAUUCUCAACAUUGCUAAAACAACACAAAAUUAGGCAUAUGUAUUUUUAGUGAUAUUUUUAUGUUAUGUGUACAGAACCUACAUAGUAAAGUGAAAGCAGCUUAUCAAAACUGUCAACACACUCAGAGUAACUUAAAUCUGUAACAUUUUGAGAACUUGUAUUUUAUCUAAAGACUGUUCAGCGUCAAUGAACUAUUUUAAUGUAUGAUAUUUUUAAAGUUAUAUAUAUGUAUAUUGCACAGUUUGUUGAUUUAAUUGAAUAAUUGUCUGGGUCAUUAAAAAUAGUUCUCUACUUCAAUUAUAUUUCUGCAACAGACCACCUGGCUGUAACACCUACAACAGGAGGACCUUUCAAAAUUAUAAGCAAGGUAUUUAAAGAUUGAGACCUGAAUGCACACCACCUUUGGAAGGCAAAGGUGAGGGCAGGGAGCUCAUGGUACAGCAAACACAAGCUCACCCCACUAUUUGUGAAAUAACCCAAGGUCCCACCUCCCAGGGCUCAAUGGAGGCUUGAAUAGGAAAGUGAUUUUAAACUUUUGCAUAUUGUCUGAAAUUCAGCAUAUAAAUAAAUGUUAACUUUCGUAAUUACUAAAAUUAAAGCAUUCAUUUUCCUUGAUGA